UCUACUACAUCUGCGCGAGCCGAGGCCAGGCCGCAUUUGUAUGGCAUAGUCUACGAAGAACUCGGUCCCGUAACAGUAAACCCUUCCUACAUAAUCCUCUUACGCCCCAUGCACACCAUAGCUUCCACACGCGCAAGAAGAAAAUCAACAAAAAAUGCACAUCCCCAAUGCCCUUAUAUCCCUCCUCCCGCUCGGCCUGCUGGCCGUAGCCGUACGCCUCCCCGCCCCUUCGGGCCCCUACAACGUCGGCUUCACCCAGCACAUCUUCAACCACAGCACGCCCAAUGACCCCACCCCUGGCCCAGGCACCUCUUACCUCACAAGCAUAUUCUACCCCACGCGCUCAUCUCUCGCCCCCAACACCAGCGUCCCCUACUUCGACCCCACCUCCGCGGCCAUCUGGGGCGAAGUAUUCAACAUCCUGCCAGCGGACCUAGAGUCCCUAGAGACGACGCUGCAGUGGCAAGCCCCGCUCCUCUCCGCCAAAGACGAUGUAGAGAGGGUGAAGGACCGGCCUACGCUGGUGUUCAGUCCCGGCGGCGGCAUGAACGCGGCAUAUUUCACUUCUCUGCUAUCGGACCUCGCAUCGCAGGGGUACACCGUUCUCGCGCUGGAUCAUCCCGGCGAGGCACCGUACUUACCCCUACCGUACGGGAACCCCGGCGUCGUCGGCUGGGACAUCUACAUGCCAUACAGCGACGCGCUGAUUGUGGAGAUAUACCAGUUCCGGCGCGCAGACAUGCUCCACCUACUAGGACCCUCUGGCUUCCCCGCGCUGGUGGAGACAUACGGCGCCUACUUCAACACCGAGGCGUACGGCGCGUUUGGGCAUUCCAUCGGGGGGGCCACGGCGACGGGCGCGAUGGAUCGAAACCGCAACAUCAUUGCGGGGUUCAAUAUCGAUGGCGGGCUCUUUGGCGACUCGGUCAAUGCGAGUAUGCAUGGUAGGCCGUACUUCAUGACGAUGAAUCCAAACCACCUCGCCCAGGACGCGGAUUCGUGGCCGGCUUUUGCGACAAGGUAUUACAAUGAGUCGAAGACGGCGCCAGGGUGGCUGGACUGGACGACGGUGGAGGGCAGCGCACAUUUGGCCUUCAGCGAUGUGGCGCUGUGGGUGGAGCUGUUGCCGCAGAUUCCGAAUACGACGGCGCAGGUGGAUCUGGGAAAUGUGACUGGGACAAGGAUGGAUUCGUUGCUGAAGUCGUAUGCCGGUGCGUUUUGGGAAUUUGUCAGGGGCGGGGAGUAUGAUGGCAAGCUGUUGGAUGGAGAGGUGGAGGAGUGGCCGGAGGUUGUGUUCAAUGCGAGGGUGCGGUCGAAUGGGACGCAGGGGUACUAGAAACAGGCAAAGAUCACUCAAGAACAGAAAUAUAUGAAGAUGAUUGUUUCUUUCAAUUCGUCAUAUCACGUCAUGCUAGUGAACGUAUCUACCAGCCGCGGCGCUCGAAGUGCUGUGGGGCCCCGUACUGGUUAGGGUCGUACUGAUCCGCGCCCUGGUUGUCGAUGUAGUGCUCGUCGUACAUGCGCUCAGCGUUCUGUUUGGCCUGGCGCUUGGCCUUCUCCCUGUCGAACCAGUCCUCGCCCUUGGUCUCGGCGAGCUUGUCGACCUCGGCACCCUGAGUUGUGUCAGCACAUUGGCCGUAGAAUCUGUGUCCA